CAGUACGGAGCUGCCUGGAGACGCCGCUCUGACUUCUUUCUGUUGGGGUUCGUGCUGGUGUAUCAUACCUGUGUGUACAGCCGAUAUGUUAUCCCGUUCCCGGUGUCUCACGCGCUCUGUCGUUGCCCUCCGACAGAGUAACCAUAUCCUAGCGAGACGAGCUGCUUCGGGCAUAUCGGCUUCUCAGUGCAUCACCGCCAAGAACAAUCUGAAAUUUGAGACAAGGGCCAGUAUCUUCCAGAUCAGAUACUUCAAGACCACUGCGUCCCACAGGAACGAAGUUAUUACCGUCAACACACCACCCUUUGCGGAGUCUGUCACAGAGGGGGACGUGAGGUGGGAAAAAGCUGUGGGGGACACCGUCGCAGAAGAUGAGGUGGUCUGUGAAAUCGAGACCGAUAAGACGUCAUUGCAGGUGCCCUCUCCAGCCGCAGGCGUGAUCGAGGAGCUCCUGAUUCCUGAUGGAGGCAGAGUGGAGGGAGGCACUCCCCUGUUUAAACUUAAAAAAGGAGCUGGCGUUCCCAAGGCAGCUGCAGCCCCCACUCCAGCAGCUGAGGCCCCGGCAGCAGCUCCUCCUCCUCCUCCUCCUCCUCCUGCUGCUGCUGCUGCUACAGUGGGACCCAUCCCAACCACCAUGCCCCCAGUGCCACCUGUGCCAGUUCAGCCUGCAUCUUCUAAAUCAGUUUCAGCCAUCAAACCCACUGCUGCUCCUGCUGCCCCUGCUGCAGACGCUGGAGCAAAGGGAGCACGCUCCGAGCACAGGGUUAAGAUGAAUCGUAUGAGGCUGAGGAUCGCACAGAGGCUAAAAGAAGCUCAGAACACCUGUGCAAUGUUGACAACUUUCAAUGAGGUGGACAUGAGCAACAUCACAGAGAUGAGGAAAGUCUACAAAGAUGCUUUCCUCAAGAAGCAUAACAUCAAGCUGGGCUUCAUGUCUGCAUUCGUGAAAGCAGCUGCCUACGCUUUGGUAGACCAGCCAGCGGUCAAUGCAGUAAUUGAUGACACAACCAAAGAGAUUGUGUACCGAGAUUAUGUGGACAUCAGUGUGGCAGUAGCGACACCAAAGGGUUUAGUGGUGCCGGUAAUUAGAGGUGUGGAAGGAAUGAACUUUACAGAUAUUGAAAAAACAAUAAAUGAGCUGGGAGAAAAGGCACGCAAGAACGAGCUGGCAGUGGAGGAUAUGGAUGGUGGCACGUUCACCAUCAGUAAUGGCGGAGUUUUUGGCUCACUCUUUGGCACACCCAUCAUCAACCCACCACAGUCGGCCAUUUUGGGCAUGCAUGGUAUCUUUGACAGGCCAGUGGCUAUUGGUGGCAAGGUUGAAGUCAGGCCUAUGAUGUAUGUGGCCCUGACAUAUGACCAUCGUUUGAUUGACGGCAGAGAGGCCGUCACCUUCCUACGUAAGAUCAAGUCUGUGGUUGAGGACCCCAGGGUGCUCCUCUUGGAUAUGUGAGACGUCAUAAUGUGCACAUUAAUGGCCGACUUCCUCAGAGUCUCGCACAGUGGUUAUCCCUCCUUAAAAAAAAUCCUUACUGUGUAUGACAUACUGUGUUGGUUAACUAGGAAAAGAAGCAUUCUGAAUGUUCAAUAAGAAGAUAACAGUUGACAUUUGCAUGGGCUAGACAGGAGUAAGGAUAUUCUUGUACAGGUCUCAGCUGGCAUCUUCUUAGCCAGAAGGCUGUCAUGCCAUUCAUAAGUGCUUUUUGCCAUUGCUUAACUUGAUAUAUAUAUGAUUAUUGUAAUACAUACACAGUUAUAUGAAUAAGUUGCUCAAAAUAUGCCCAAUAUAUUGGUUUCCUGACUGGUAAAACAAGCACAGUAGUAGACAGUAUCUUAUGUUUCACAUUGUGUGUUUAAAGAGGUAGUAAUCUAGUAACCAGCAAAUCUCAAAUACGAUUUAGUUUUGUUCACAAAAACUUUUUUUUUUUUUUUUUUUUAAAGAAAUCACUCUUUGGUACAUAUUUGUAUACCUGUGUUAACAGUAUGGCCCUUAAACAAUGUCAAGUUCAGAUCCGUCAAACUCAUUGGGAACAGAUUCUGUCUCUGCUGUGUAAAGAAACAAAUAUUUAAGAAGAAAAAAUAAAUAAAUAAAUAAAUAAAUUGAUGAAAGUUA